UCCUGUUCUCAAAAAGUAUACUAGUAAAUUACUAGUCUUAAACCUAAAGCCUUAAAGGGCAGAAAACAGAGUGAGUUGUAAGAUAGUAAAAAAAAUAAUCUGAAGUUUGACACACCUGAGAUCAAGUCCCAAUUCCUCGACUUUCCAGAUGUAGUGGGUUUGAAUGUUCUCCAAAAGAUAAGUCCAUGUCCUAACUCCCAGAACCUGUGAAAGUGACUUUAUUUGAAAAAGGUGUCUUUGCAGAUGUAAUUAAGGACCUCCACGUGAGAUGAUUUUGGACUACCUCAGUGGGUCCUAAAUCCAAUAUUAAGCAUUCUUAAAACAGACAAAAGACACAGACACAGAAAAGGAUGACAUUAGAAAGCAGAGAGAGAGACUGGAGUCAUGCAACCACAAGGCAUAGUACGCCUGGAACCAUCAGAAGCAGGAAGCAGCAAAGGAGUCUUCCCUAAGCCUUCAGAAGGUUUCUCCUUAAGCAACUCAUCAACCCUCGCGAGAAGCCUCAGUUGCUUCCUUGGCACGGAAACGACGGGGUUAAUGACGUCAUUUUCAGGAGCCGCUGACGUAGCCUCGGCCCGACGGAUCCUUCUAAGGGCCAAAACUCGCGUGAGGCGCAGCCCUGGCGCCUCUAGAAGAAGCAAACAGCAGCGGACCAAUAGAAAUGCCGAACUUCCGUGUUUUCUGGUAAGCUCCACCCCUUGGCCCCAGCUCUGCUGCGGCAGAUUGGAAAAAGCGGACUCGGGGGCGGAGCAAGGCGAGGAAGCGGAAGCGGCUGUCCAGGAUCUGCUACUCGACCUGGCUUGGGCCCCACGUGUGCGAGUUGCUGCAAUGGAAGUCAAAGGGAAAAAAAAAUUCACAGAAAAGAGUACAAAGCCAUCACAAGAAAAAAACAGAUUUCAUAAAAACAGUGCUUCUGGUUCUUCAAAGUCAUUCCCAAGAAAAGUUGCUAAGGAAGGUGGAUCUAAAAUUACAUCUAAGAACUUUGAGAAAAGUACCACAAAACCUGGGAAAAAGGGUGUGAAGCAGUUCAAGAAUAAGCAACAGGGAGACAAAGCACCGAAGAACAAAUUCCAGCAGGCAAAUAAGUUCAACAAGAAGAGAAAAUUCCAGCCAGAUGGUAAAAGUGACGAAUCAGCAGCCAAGAAACCCAAGUGGGAUGACUUCAAAAAGAAGAAGAAGGAACUGAAGCAGAGCAGGCAACUCAGUGAUAAAACCAACUAUGACGUUGUUGUUCGAGCAAAACAGAUUUGGGAGAUUUUAAGAAGAAAAGACUGUGACAAAGAGAAAAGAAUAAAGUUAAUGAGUGACUUGCAGAAGUUGAUUCAAGGGAAAAUUAAAACCAUUGCGUUUGCACAUGAUUCAACUCGUGUGAUCCAGUGUUACAUUCAGUAUGGUAACGAAGAACAGAAAAAACAGGCUUUUGAAGAAUUGCGAGAUGAUUUGGUUGAAUUAAGUAAAGCCAAAUAUUCCAGAAAUAUUGUUAAGAAAUUUCUCAUGUAUGGGAGUAAACCACAGAUUGCGGAGAUAAUCAGAAGUUUUAAAGGCCACGUGAGGAAGUUGCUGCGGCAUGCAGAAGCAUCGGCCAUCGUGGAGUACGCGUACAAUGACAAAGCCAUUUUAGAGCAGAGGAACAUGCUGACAGAGGAGCUCUACGGGAACACAUUUCAGCUGUACAAGACAGCAGACCACCCAACUCUGGACAAAGUGUUAGAGGUACAACCAGAAAAAUUAGAGCUUAUUAUGGAUGAAAUGAAACAGAUUCUAACUCCAAUGGCCCAAAAGGAAGCUGUGAUUAAGCACUCAUUGGUACAUAAAGUAUUCCUGGACUUUUUUACCUAUGCACCCCCCAAACUCAGAUCAGAAAUGAUUGAAGCCAUCCGGGAAGCGGUGGUGUACCUGGCACACACACACGAUGGCGCCAGAGUGGCCAUGCACUGCCUGUGGCAUGGCACACCCAAGGACAGGAAAGUGAUUGUGAAAACAAUGAAGUCUUAUGUUGAAAAAAUAGCUAAUGGCCAAUACUCCCACUUGGUUUUACUGGCGGCAUUUGAUUGUAUUGAUGAUACUAAACUUGUGAAGCAGAUAAUCAUAUCAGACUCACAAACUUACAAACCUUCAUUGACCAGUCAAGUAAAUGAGUGACCAGGCCAGGUGAGACCAGGAGGUUUAAUGGGAACUAUGGAGAAUGGAGAGAGACACACCCCGUCCAGGCUGGUGGCCACCUGUGGGCUCCAGCCUCUGGCAGUGUGAUCUCCAGGUCAGUAGACCUUCCAAUUUUUUUCUUUUUAAUUGGAGUAUAAAAUACACAUAAAAUUUACCAUCUUAACCAUUUUUACAUAUACUGUAAAGGUAGUAUUAAAUGUAUUCAUUGUUGUGCAAAUAAUCUCCAGGACUUUAUUUAUUUUAUUUUAUAUUUUUUUACAGUUUCAUAAAUCAUAACUUCUUUUCUUAUUUUUCAAUUGUGUUUAAUAAUUUCAAUGCAAUGAUCCAGGAUUUUAUUAUCUUGCAAAUCUGAAACAUUAUACCCAUUAAACUUGACUUUCCUAUUUUCUGUGUGCAGCCAAAAAGGUGGAGUUUUGGAUAAAAUCACCCCAUUUUCAGAAUAGAACUCUCAAGAGGCCACCUGGCAAUCUAACCUUCUGUCUACAUUUCUGUUACUCAUUAUUAUUUUUGUUUUUAACUUUUCAUUAACUCUAAUUGCUUCUUCCACUACAUUUUAGCACCUGUAGUGAAAGCAGUCUGCAUUUCUUUUUUUUCCCCAGAACAGACUACCAAAGAUUUGUGUACACCAUAGGCUCAGUUCUCAGUAACAUGUGUUGAUUUUUGCAUUUCUAUCCUGCACCAAAAAUGCACUUCCUGUGUGUACCCUUUAUUUUGACCUUUACCCUUCCUCUUUGGGUUGGCAAAACAAAGAGUGCCAAGGAAUCUGGCAAGAGAUCAACAUAAGGCGGUCAGAACUAGCCAGAGAUGUCUUCAGAAGGGAGGUCUUUUGUUCCUAUUCUUUCUUCUAUUCACAUGCCUACUUUAGAGCUUAAAAAGAAAAAAUGACAACAAAUGGGCCUCGUUUUCUGUAAGAUAAUUCUUGCAAGGGGCACACUAAGCCAAAACCUUUAUUGCACCUUCGUUGUUGAUAUUUUCACUCUUUUGAGGAUGGAAAUUCAUGACUCUUACAGCUUUAUUUAAUCUCCAUAGGUAAGGAUGCUGUGUAUUGAGAGGUGUAUUUUUGAUAUGAAAUAAUUGUUGUUUAGAAAUUUUUGGUUUGACUCUCUGAUUUGCUUACAAUAGCCCAUGAGUUGGGCUGGUGUAUUGUUUCCUUUUAUAGAUAAUGCAGAGAGGUUUUUAAAAGAUUUUCCCAAAGCUAUACAUAUAGCUUGAACUUGAUACCCCAGAGACUAAAUUCUGCACAAUAUCAACUAUGCCAUAGCUGUCCCUUACCUAUUUAUACAUGUUACUGUAAUUGUUACUGGUCUCCAGACAAUAAGCUAAAACUUUUUCCCAUGUUUCUCUGUAACCCAAGCUAAAUGGAUUAGUACCCAUACUAUAGGAGCGCUUAUAUAGUGUUUCCCUUUACUUUUUCAAAAAUGUAUGUUUUUUGGUGAUAGGAGAAUGUUGGAAUAAGGGUGAGAUGGGGAAAAACUAAAUAUUCCAUUUUUAAGUAAACAAUUUUUAGUUUCAUAAGAUUGUUAGUUUAUAAACAUUGCACUCUUUUAAAAGCCUUAAUUAAACAUAAAUUUAGAUUCUAAAUUAUUUCAUUAUAAACCGAAAGGCAGUAAAGUUCAGUGAGUUUGGGAACUAAUCCUCUGAGUGGUAUUUAUGCAUAGAUUUUAUGUGUAUCUUAAAGUCUCACUUUCUUAUUUUAUAAAACUAUUUCUGCCCAAGCCAUAAGUGUUAGAUAAGGCCUUAAGCAUGGAACCUAUGGAGAAAGUUCAGUUCUUUAAGGAAUACGUGGCCAGCUUCAUGCCUCCCUCUUUCCUCUAUAUCCAGAAAAAAAAUGUUGAUUAAAAAUAAAGAAUAGCCAUUAUUGUUGUUCACUGCAUACUCUCCAAUUUUUUUUUCUCAUAAAAACAGAUGUUUUAAAAGUAUUAUG